AGGAACAGCUUUUAUUGUCGCCAGAGAGCUGCUGCUGUAAUGGCGGUGCCUCGACGCUCUUCGCAGCAGCAACAGCAGCAAAGUGCGUUACAGUCUCCGCCGAGAAACAGCUCACUUUCGGGGGCUCCUCCUGGCUCUCCGCCGAUGGCUUUGCUCACCUCGGCCGUCGGACCACCGGAGAUCGAGAGGGAAUGCAGCGGGGGGAUUGAGAUGCCUCUGGCCUCCCCGGAUCUACCAGCCCCGGUCCUAGCGAGCAGUGCCAGCUCCACCACGACAACUUCUGGCGGCGGCAGCGGCAGCAGCGUCUCCAGUCCCGGAUCCGGAGCCACCAGCCCCACCGACGGCAACAGUGGCAUCGGCGGGGCGUUCAGGGAGCUGUUCGAGGCUUGUCGCAACGGGGAUGUUUCCAGAGUAAAGAGACUUGUCGAUUCGGUGAACGUAAACGCGAAGGACAUGGCUGGUCGAAAAUCAACUCCCCUUCAUUUUGCUGCGGGUUUUGGUAGGAAGGAUGUGGUGGAGCACCUCUUGCAGACAGGAGCCAAUGUUCACGCCAGGGAUGACGGAGGCCUCAUCCCCCUGCACAACGCCUGCUCGUUUGGACACGCGGAAGUUGUCAGCCUCCUCUUGUGUCAAGGUGCAGACCCCAACGCCAGAGAUAACUGGAACUACACUCCGCUACACGAGGCUGCCAUCAAGGGAAAAAUAGAUGUGUGCAUUGUGUUACUCCAACAUGGAGCUGACCCAAACAUUCGCAACACCGAUGGCAAAUCCGCUCUGGAUCUAGCUGACCCUUCAGCUAAGGCUGUCCUCACUGGUGAAUACAAGAAAGAUGAACUUCUGGAAGCAGCAAGGAGUGGAAAUGAAGAGAAGCUGAUGGCACUGCUCACUCCAUUAAAUGUCAACUGUCAUGCCAGCGAUGGUCGCAAGUCAACAUCACAAAAAAUGCUGUCCACACCCCUGCACCUGGCCGCCGGAUACAACAGGGUCCGUAUCGUUGAGCUCCUUCUGCAGCAUGGGGCUGAUGUUCACGCCAAGGACAAAGGUGGCCUGGUUCCUCUUCACAACGCCUGCUCAUAUGGCCACUUUGAGGUCACUGAACUCCUUCUUAAACACGGAGCCUGUGUGAAUGCCAUGGACUUGUGGCAGUUCACUCCCCUACACGAGGCAGCGUCUAAGAACAGAGUGGAGGUUUGUUCCUUGCUGCUGAGCCACGGGGCUGAUCCCACCCUACUGAACUGUCACAGCAAGAGCGCCGUGGACAUGGCCCCCACUCCUGAGCUCAAAGAAAGGCUCACCUAUGAGUUCAAAGGUCACUCACUGCUGCAGGCAGCCCGUGAGGCCGACAUGGCCAAAGUGAAGAAGACGCUGGCUCUGGAGAUCAUCAGCUUCAAACAUCCUCAGACCAACGAGACUGCUCUUCACUGUUCUGUGGCUUCGCCCCACCCAAAGAGAAAGCAGGUGACUGAGUUGUUGUUGCGUAAAGGUGCCAAUAUCAACGAGAAGAACAAAGACUUUAUGACUCCUCUGCAUGUUGCUGCCGAGAGAGCUCAUAAUGAUAUCCUGGAGGUACUGCAGAAACACGGAGCAAAGGUCAAUGCCGUGGACACAUUAGGUCAAACAGCUCUUCACAGAGCGGCCCUGGCCGGUCAUAUCCAGACCUGCAAACUUCUCCUCAGCUACGGGGCCGACCCCUCCAUCGUAUCUCUGCAGGGCUUCACCGCCGCUCAGAUGGGCAAUGAGGCCGUGCAACAGAUUCUAAAUGAAAACGUUCCGACACGUAAUUCAGAUGUGGACUACAGAUUUCUGGAGGCGGCCAAAGCAGGAGAUCUGGACACAGUUCAACAACUUUGCACCCCUCAGAAUGUAAACUGUCGGGACCUGGAGGGCCGCCACUCCACUCCUCUCCACUUUGCAGCUGGUUACAACAGAGUGGCUGUUGUUGAGUACCUGCUACACCACGGAGCUGACGUUCAUGCCAAAGACAAGGGCGGCCUGGUUCCCCUCCACAACGCAUGCUCCUAUGGUCACUAUGAAGUGGCCGAGCUGCUGGUCAGACACGGAGCUUCGGUCAACGUGGCUGAUCUGUGGAAGUUCACUCCGCUCCACGAGGCCGCAGCCAAAGGGAAAUAUGAGAUCUGCAAACUGCUUCUCAAACAUGGAGCUGACCCUUCCAAGAAGAACCGUGAUGGGAACAUGCCACUGGACAUGGUGAAAGACGGGGACACGGACAUACAGGACCUGCUGAGGGGCGACGCCGCUCUGUUAGACGCUGCCAAGAAGGGCUGCCUGGCCCGGGUCCAGAAACUCUGCUCUCCAGAGAAUAUCAACUGUAGAGACACACAGGGGCGCAACUCAACACCGCUCCACCUCGCAGCUGGCUACAACAACCUUGAAGUGGCGGAGUAUCUGCUGGAGCAUGGGGCUGAUGUCAACGCACAGGACAAAGGAGGCCUUAUCCCUCUUCAUAAUGCUGCUUCUUAUGGGCAUGUGGACAUUGCGGCACUACUGAUCAAGUACAAUACGUGUGUGAACGCCACAGACAAAUGGGCUUUCACGCCCCUCCAUGAAGCAGCCCAGAAAGGUCGUACACAGCUCUGUGCGCUGCUGCUGGCUCAUGGAGCCGACCCCACUAUGAAAAACCAGGAGGGUCAGACAGCUCUGGAUCUGGCCACGGCUGAUGAUAUUCGAGCCCUGCUCAUGGACGCCAUGCCACCAGAUGCCCUGCCCAGCUGCUUCAAGCCUCAGGCUACAGUGGUUAGCGCCUCCGUGAUCUCCCCUGCUUCAACGCCAUCCUGUCUGUCCGCUGCCAGCAGCAUAGACAACCUGGCGGGGCCCCUCACUGAGCUGGCUGCAUCCGCCUCCGCCGGGACCUCUGGAGUGGCAGAUGGAGCCACAGGCACCGACCGCAAAGAAGGGGAAAUGGCAAUGCUGGACAUGAACAUCAGUCAGUUCCUGAAGAGCCUGGGCCUGGAGCACCUCAGAGACAUCUUCGAGAGGGAGCAGAUCACCCUGGACGUGCUGGCUGACAUGGGCCAUGAGGAGCUGAAGGAGAUUGGGAUUAAUGCGUAUGGCCACCGGCACAAGCUCAUUAAAGGUGUUGAGAGGCUGUUGGGCGGCCAGCAAGGUGCCAACCCGUACCUGACAUUCCACUGUGCCAACCAGGGCACCAUCCUGAUCGAUCUCGCCCCAGACGACAAAGAGUACCAGUCUGUGGAGGAGGAGAUGCAGAGCACAAUCAGAGAGCACAGAGACGGAGGCAACGCUGGUGGUGUCUUCAGCAGAUACAAUAUUAUCAAAAUUCAGAAGGUGGUAAAUAAGAAGCUGAGGGAACGUUACACCCACCGACAGAAGGAGAUCGCAGAUGAGAACCACAAUCAUCACAAUGAGCGGAUGUUGUUUCACGGUUCCCCUUUCAUCAACGCAAUCAUCCACAAAGGCUUUGAUGAGCGCCACGCCUAUAUAGGAGGGAUGUUUGGAGCAGGAAUUUAUUUUGCAGAGAACUCCUCAAAGAGCAAUCAGUACGUCUACGGCAUUGGUGGAGGCACAGGCUGCCCAACGCACAAAGACAGAUCCUGCUAUCUGUGCCACAGGCAAAUGCUGUUCUGCCGAGUCACUUUGGGGAAAUCCUUCCUACAGUUCAGUGCCAUGAAGAUGGCUCACGCCCCCCCAGGACAUCAUUCAGUAAUUGGGCGGCCCAGUGUUAACGGCCUAGCUUAUGCCGAGUACGUCAUCUACAGAGGAGAGCAGGCCUACCCAGAGUACCUCAUCACCUACCAGAUCCUUAAACCAGAGACCGCAGCUCAGGCGGCUGCAGGAGCGGAGCAGAAGUCGUAGUCACGUCACACACACUCACACAAGGACUCGAUGCUCGUUAUUUUCUCCUUUGUAUUGCAAAUGCCUGAACACUUUUUAUUUACCAAGCACAUUUCCAGUCUCCUGUCCAGUAGAACCCAUGGUGACCAGUGCUUGAGCAGAUAUGCUGUAUAAUAGUCUCCCACUCAUGGUGAUGACACACUUUUUUCUUUUUUUUUUUUAAGCAUUGCCAGCAUGUUAAUACAGAAGCAUGUAAGGCCCAAUAGCGUGCGUGGGUUAGUUUAAGAAUCUCUCUCCUCCUCACCAAUCAGGAGGAUGCUUGUAGAGACUUUGAAGUAUCAGCAUUAACAGUUUGCUAUCGUUUGUCGCCUCAUGCUUUGUGACUGUGGAGAAUCACCGGCCUCUUUCACCUUCACAUGCACACGUACUUUCACACACUGGUUCACUGUCAAAACCUGAAACCUGUGGACUACUGCUACCACCGUAUUUGGGUUCAUCCUCUAUAGAGUGGCCUAUAGUAACUGUGAUUUUAACCUAUAACACUACCAGACAGGUAACAGUGCGUCAUUGCUAUGCUGAAAUGCUGACUCUCAAACUUUCAACCCAAGGACACUACCGACACUGAACUGAAAUAUCUUUUGUGGUUUUUAUUCAAGGCUGGACACGCUGGACUUGGAAAGGGCUCUCAGUCAAAUCACAAAAUUUGAGAGCUGUAUAAGAGAGGAUGUGUGGCUCAGCAGUGCAAUGUAAGGCAUCGUGACAUUAAGGUGUUGUACUUUAUAAGCGUUCUAUAUGACUGCUUCAUACAGUAGAGUUGGUAUAUGUUGAAACAUACUUGUGAUGCCUUGCAAGUGUACAGCCAGUGAGCUCAUCAGAGCACCCUUUCUGUUGCCAUGGUCUUACUCACAGACAUCCCACACAUAAGGAUUUGCACUUUUACAUAGAAACCUAUUUAAGUUAUUUUGAUUUUAAUUUGCGGGAAAAAAAAUAUUUGUACAGGUUGUGUAAAUGGUUGUGUAUAACUGUUGCUGUUUAACAAUAUGUAUGAGUUAAACUGUAAAUGACAUCGGAAUUUCAUGCCUUCUCGAUUCUCCCAAUUGUUUUUGUUUUUUUGUUUUUUAAUAAAUGUCCCAUUAACAGCU